AUGAAAUUGAUUGGUGAAAAUUUGCAACGGUUUAGGUUCAGUAAUAGAUUAUUUUCAACUGAUUCUUUCCUAAAAUUCAAUACUACCAUACGGAACGACGGUACCAACACCAAUGAAAUAAUCCAUGAUGUUGUGAAUGGCGAUGAUACAAAGGUACCCGGUGAAACUAUUCCUAUAGGUAGCUUGCCAUUAUCUACUCGUACUGAAUUAUUGUCUUCUAUCAAAUCAUUACAAUUAUAUUCCACCAACAAUAAGAAAUUCAUUGACAAAAAACGGAAAUUAUUCAAAAUGAUGAGUUGGAGACAACAGCAGGUUUGUAUGGAAGUGGGGUAUAUGGACAAGCUUAAUAUGGUGGAUGAUUUGAUCAAUAAAAAUCAGAAGGUUUUAAAUUCAGUGAUUGAUUAUUCUAUGAAGACAUAUCAAGUCAAAUUCAGUGAUUUCGAUAUAAUAAAGAAUUUCAUUGACGGAAGUUCCUUCAAAGUUAUUGAAAGCUUGAGUCAUUUAAAUCGUGAUUGGGAUAUUGAGUAUCCUGAGUUACAACCUAUUUUGAAUUAUAUCAAAGGUGGAUUGACAAAAAUUGAUUGUGAUGUCAAUGACACUGAUAUAAUAGUUCCUGGUUCGGGAUUAGGUAGAAUUAGUCACGAGUUGAGCAAGUCAGGAUAUAAUGUAGAUGCUAUUGAAUUGAAUGGUUUGAUGUAUUUACUCAAUAACUUCAUUUAUAAUAAUCCAUCCAAAAACUUGGAAAUUUAUCCUUAUAUACAUAACAUGUCAAACUUUACCACAUUAAAAUCACAAUUCAGGUCAGUUAUGAUACCAACUAUGGUGAAGCCCAAGAACUUAAAUAUCCAUUUGGAAGAUUUCAAGUUCUUUGAACCUAAAAAAGAGAAUAAGACUAUUGUUUUAGUUACAGCUUUUUUCAUGGAUACCGCAGAGAAUAUCAUUGAUUACAUCGACACCAUAAAUGAAUUGGUGAAAGGGUAUGAAAACAAAUAUUGGAUAAAUAUUGGACCUUUAAAGUAUGGAUCAGCUCCUCAAGUUGAGCUCAAUGUUGAAGAACUAAGAGACGUUAGAAUGAAAAUGGGCUGGGAAGACAUCGACUCAUAUGAUAGUUUAUCUGAAAACGUAAUUGUAGGUUAUGCCACUGAUAAAGAAAGUUUAUGGCAAGGAUAUUAUGGAUUAUCUGGAUGGGUUUCUAAGAGAUCUUGA